AUGGCCGACUCUGGUGACGUGAGCUACCCGAACACCGGUAGCCCCGUUAUUGAUACCGUUAAAUCUGAAGCGUCCAAGACCAGCAAUGAGCUUCGCGACUUGAAGAACUCGCGGGUGAUCCCUUCCACCACUACCGACAAUGGCCAGCCAUUGACCCACUACCACUCUUUGCUGUAUAGCCUUCUGAGUUGGGAGCAACCCCGUGCGACCGCCGUUUCCUACGCUAGCGUUGUCGGCUUCAUCUUUGCCGCUCGCUACCUGCCUCUCCUUCGCUGGGCUUUCAAAUUUUUGUACAUGUCGUUGGGAUUGACCGCCGCUGUUGAAAUUGCCGGCCAUGUUGUUCUCAAGCAGGGCAUCGCCAGCUCUUUCCGCCCCCGCCGCUACUACACCAUCCCCAAGGAGACCCACGAGGCUGUUUUUGAGGACAUCUCGCAGCUUCUGGACUUCUUCCUGAUCGAGUUCCAGCGCAUCCUCUUCGCUGAGAAUGUCGCCCACACUGUCGGCGCUUUCUUCGCUGCCUUCACCGGCUACUGGCUCAUCCGCUUCGUCCCGCUGUGGGGGUUGGCCGUGAUCGCCGUGACCACCACCUAUUUUGCUCCCCUUGUGUACAUUAGCAACCGUGAUAUCAUUGACGAGCAGAUCGCCAAUCUUCAGUCCAUCAUCACCUCGCAAACCAACCAGCUGAAGGAUCUUGCUGGUGAGCGUACCUCCCACGCCACUGAUGUCAUGAAGCAGUACGUCGGCGAGUACAGCUCCAAGGCCCAGGAGUACAUCGGCCGCCGGUCCGCCUCCCCCGAGAUGAGCAAGGCUGCUCCCACCCCCGUGAAGACUGAGCCCGUUUCGGAGCCCGCUAUCAAGACCGAGGACUUCCCAGAAGCCCCCAAAAUCGAGCCCGUUGUCCAGUCUAUUGAGUCGACCGAGCCCGCGGCACAUCAGGCAGAGCGGGAGCCUCUCCUGGCCAUCUAA